GAUAUUCUCGAUACUUCCGCUGCUCCGUGCUUCGUUUAGUACUCCCACCGGGUCCUCGUGUUUCGCGUGACGGAAAUACCUCGUGUCGGCGUGCCCGCGUGAAAGUCUCGUCAAAAUUAAUUGAAACCGUAAAACGUACUUGGACGUGUUUUGCUCCGAAAACAUCUUUGAAGCUUGCUAAUAUAAUUGAUCGCCUUUGUAUUCCAAUAAAGAUUUUGAUUUCCCGAUCCGAUUUUAUAUCGCACGAGUAAUUUAUUAGUACUAAAUAAUCGUAUCAUCCCCGUGAGAUACACGAGAGAACGGAAAUCAGAUCAAUCAGUCAGAUUGAGCUCAAUUGGUGUGCACGCAGCGAUUGCCGAAUCUUUGAGGUUAGCGUUCGCACACGAGCGACUCCGAGAGCGUUUGCACGAUAUUCUGACUCAAGCACGCCGAUGUAAAAGCUCGCAACGAUCUCGCAAUUAUGGCAGUACGCGUGCAAUUCGAGAACAACAACGAGAUCGGCGUUUUCUCUAAGUUGACGAACUCCUACUGCUUGGUCGCAAUCGGUGGUUCCGAAAACUUUUACAGUGUAUUUGAGGCGGAAUUAGCCGAGGCGAUUCCAGUUAUUCAUGCCUCAGUAGCAGGAUGCCGAAUUAUAGGUCGACUUUGCGUUGCAAACAAAAAUGGAUUGUUAGUACCAAAUACAACAACAGACACAGAAUUACAACACAUCCGAAAUUCCUUACCAGAUAAUGUGAAAGUUCAAAGAGUAGAGGAGAGACUCUCUGCUCUUGGUAAUGUUAUAGCAUGUAAUGAUUAUGCCGCUUUAGUUCAUCCAGAUUUGGAUAAGGAAACUGAAGAAAUUUUAGCCGAUACCUUAAAUGUGGAAGUAUUUAGACAAACUAUCGCGAGCAAUGUUCUUGUCGGUUCAUAUUCCAUUUUAUCCAAUCAAGGUGGUUUGGUGCAUCCAAGCAUGCCCAUUCAUGAGCAAGAUGAGUUGUCUUCUCUUCUGCAAGUUCCUCUUGCGACUGGAACAGUGAACAGAGGUAGCAGUGUGAUUGCUGCCGGCAUGGUUGUGAACGAUUGGGCUGCUUUUUGUGGCAUGGACACCACCUCGACAGAAAUUGCUCGUAUCGAGAGUGUCUUCAAGCUUAAUGAAGCCAAUCCAAAUCCCAUUACGUCGAGCAUGCGUGCACCUUUUAUAGAAAGUAUGUCGGACUUGUAAGAAAAAGGACUUCUCUAAAACACCUGAAAAAGUAUGUUGGACUAUGUAUUAAGUAUAUGUACAUAUAUAAAACUCGAUAUUUAGCCAGGUAUCAGCACAAGAUUAUUCUUUCAUUAACAUAUCUAUGAUGACAAACACUUCGUGAUUUUGACAUAAGAUAAUGUGUAAUAAGAAUAGUCUCUAUUAAAAUUUAUACGAAAUAUAGCGCCCAUUUUUGUUCACACGUUUGAUUAAAAGGAUAUUGUAAACUUACACUUAUUGACAACAUGCAGCAUUGUUUUAAAAAGAAAAUAAAUAUAAACGAAAGAGAAAAUUAAA